GAUGUUCCAUAGACAGCAAGGUUUGUGUUCAUGCCAACAGGCACAAUUUAUUACAGUCUAGGACGGCUGCUCAGAAGCCUGCUGGAUCUCCUAGUGACCUGCUGUUCAUUGCCUGCUUUGCUUUCGGAUUCAACAAAAACAUUCCUCCUCCUCCUCCUCCUUUCUUGUAAGAUAAAACAAAACGCACACAGAACGGAUCGGGAACCGGGUCUGGACCUCACCAGAACUUGAGGGAAUCUCACCAUGGUGGUUUUAGGGACGUAGGGCAGACCCUUAAGACCCUUAAAAAAGUGCUUCUCCUGCCUGCCGGCCUGCCUGCCGGUUCCACUGGACGGAUUGCAUUUCUCUUUUUUUUUUUGAUCCUCGGUGGUGUUUGGUCGGGAGGGAGGAGGGUGGGCAGGGGGGAGUGCUGCACUGCCCAGCUCUGCUCUGAAGACAGAGAUCAUUAAGACGUCGCUCGCUGCUCCCUUUCAAAGGAUGUAUCCUCAGGGACGGCACCCGGUUCCCCUGCAGCCAGGCCAGCCCUUCAAGUUCACAGUGCUGGAGACUCUAGACAGGAUCAAGGAGGAGUUCCAGUUCCUGCAAGCACAGUACCACAGUCUGAAGCUUGAGUGUGAGAAACUGGCCAGUGAGAAGACGGAGAUGCAGAGGCAUUAUAUCAUGUACUAUGAGAUGUCUUACGGGUUGAACAUCGAAAUGCACAAACAGGCUGAGAUUGUGAAGCGGCUGAGUGUGAUCUGUGCUCAGAUCAUCCCUUUCCUGUCCCAAGAGCUGCCCGUGUGCCUGUCUGUUUCUCAGCACCAGCAGCAGGUGGCCCAGGCAGUGGAGAGAGCCAAGCAGGUGACCAUGGCCGAGCUCAACGCCAUCAUCGGGCAGCAGCAGCUCCAGCAUCUGUCCCAUCAUGCCCCUGGGAUCCCGUUGACCCCUCACCCCUCCGGUCUGGCUGCACUGGGGGGCGGCUCGGGGCUGCUGGCGCUGUCGGGGGUGCUGGGCAUGCAAGCUCACCUCGCUGCCAAGGAGGAGCGCGGACAGGGGGAGAGUGAGCACCACCGGGCCUCUGCAAUCCGGGCCGGUGCGGUCCGCUCCUGUCCUGCUGCAGAACGGGCCCCUAGCCGGGUGAGUCACCAUUACUCCACUUCUAAGAGUCCCACAAGAGCAGCUCAGCAAAGUGUAAUAAAGGGAAAGCAUGGUGAAGCACAGAGCAAGUCGGUGUCAUCGACGGACAGCCAGCGAGCGGAGGAGAAGCAGGGCCCCUCAGGGGGGGAGUACGGGGGCGAGGGGAGCAGAGAGGGGAAGAGGAGGCGCUGCGAGGACAAGGACCCCCAGCACUACGACAGCGAUGCAGAUAAAAGCGAUGACAAUUUGGUGGUGGAUGUUUCCAACGAGGAGCCCUCGUCCCCCAGUGGGAGCCAACCCCACUCCCCCCACGGAAACGGCUUGGAUCAAGCCCCUCAUUUGAGGAAAGAGACCCCCACCAGCCCCCCCGGCUCCCCCCACAGCACCCCAGGAAAAAACAGGGAGCCCGCACAGGUCGAGAAGCCCGGGAGCCCCACCUCCAAAUCCACGAGCCCCUCUCCUCUCCGGGACGCCCCGACCCCCCCUGGCCCAGGACCCAGCUCUGCCUCCUGCCUGCGCCUGGUGACCUGCAAGCCGUCGCCCGCGGACCCCCUCGGUCUGCGGAGCCCGCUGGUCUCGGGGUCCUACCCUGCACAUUUCGGGGUGCUGUCUCACACAGGGCUCAACGGGGAGCUGUCCAGUCCCGGGAGCUACGGGGGUCUGCACGUCUCCCCCCAGUCCAGCAGUGUGGCCGGAUACGCUCGCUCCCCCAUGGUUGCCUACGAAUCUCGGCCAAACCUGAGAACUCCUGGACUGCCGUCUACUCUGCACGCCGUUACCGGAGGAAAACCUGCCUACUCGUUCCACGUGAGCGCCGACGGGCAGAUGCAGCCGGUGCCCUUCCCUCCGGACGCUCUGAUUGGCCCGGGCAUCCCGCGCCAUGCCCGGCAGGUCCACACGCUGAACCACGGAGACGUGGUGUGCGCCGUGACCAUCAGCAACUCCACACGCCACGUCUACACCGGGGGCAAGGGCUGCGUUAAGGUGUGGGACGUGAGCCAGCCGGGCACCAAGAGCCCCGUGGCGCAGCUCGACUGCCUGAACCGUGAUAACUACAUCCGCUCCUGCAAGCUCCUCCCCGAUGGGCGGACCCUGAUUGUGGGCGGGGAGGCCAGCACGCUGUCAAUCUGGGACCUGGCCACGCCCACCCCCCGGAUCAAGGCGGAGCUGACCUCGUCGGCGCCCGCCUGCUACGCCCUCGCCAUCAGCCCCGACGCCAAAGUGUGCUUCUCCUGCUGCAGCGACGGCAACAUCGUGGUGUGGGACCUGCAGAACCAGACCCUGGUCAGGCAGUUCCAGGGCCACACAGACGGCGCCAGCUGUAUCGACAUCUCGAACGACGGGACCAAGCUGUGGACAGGCGGGCUGGACAACACGGUGCGCUGCUGGGACCUGAGGGAGGGCAGGCAGCUCCAGCAGCACGACUUCACCUCACAGAUCUUCUCUCUGGGGUACUGCCCCACCGGGGAGUGGCUGGCAGUGGGCAUGGAGAGCAGCAACGUGGAAGUCCUGCACGUCUCCAAACCGGACAAGUACCAGCUGCACCUGCACGAGAGCUGCGUGCUGUCUCUCAAGUUCGCGUCGUGCGGUAAAUGGUUUGUGAGCACUGGGAAGGAUAACCUCCUGAACGCCUGGAGAACGCCCUACGGAGCCAGUAUAUUCCAGUCGAAGGAGUCCUCGUCCGUGCUGAGCUGCGACGUCUCUCCGGACGACAAGUUCAUCGUCACCGGCUCAGGAGACAAAAAGGCCACAGUGUAUGAGGUGGUGUACUGAGGGGACCUGCAGCAGCACACACCCAUACCACUAACACACACACACAGACACACAGACAUGCGCAGCCUUCCCAAGUGUCUGGAGCAGUCAUUCAAAACCUUGUAUUGUAUUACCUCUCUCCCCCCCACCCCCGCUCCAAUCAGAAUAUUUAAAAACCACAAGAAGCCAACAUUUUGUUUAGCGGGGUUAAGAGAUUACCUGCACCCUUGCCUUGCUCAGGCAACCAACUCCCACAGCUGCCUGCCUGUAUCACAAGUCCUGGUGCAACGUGUGUCUGAAUGGGAGAGGUUGCUGCAGCUAGAACAGAAUAACCCUCUUCCAUGUGAUUUUGGAGCUUGGGAUGUGGCAGUGGUCUCAUCAGUCAGGGAUAGCAUUUAAAACUGCCCUUUAUUGUUCUGCACUUGCUUCCUCCAUUCAUGACAUGGGAAGUGAAACUCAAUUUAGUUGAAAGGCAGAUGGAGACAAGCGACCACGCUGCGUAACACCGAACGCGCUCAUUAAUCUUCAACACUUACGUUUAGAGUACCCAAACCCAACCAUGCCUUCUAAAUGAUUACACCCCUGUAUAUAACACUGUGUUCAGGAAGCCCUUUGAUGAUCACCACAGGUAGAAACAGGAGCUCGCUCGUGUGUGUCUGUCUCCUACUCACAUUCAGUGGGAACCCUCUUGUAUACAGUUCCAGCAAAUCCCGCUGUUCCAUUUGCCGCUGGGACCAACUCUAACGCAGUUUGAAAUCAGACUCGUCCAUUUCCAUCAGCAGCAGAUCAACAUCAAAUCCAUUUCAAGUGGGUCUCUGCCUGCCUGCCUGUCAGCCCCAGUUAGGAUUGUGGGCUGGCAGAACUCCAUCGCGCCACGCUGAUGGUGGAAGUUACCUAACGAGAGUCCGAGGCCAAGGAUGCAAGAUGUACUUUUUUUAAUAUCUUGAACUGCAGGAAAAUAAAAAGCACGUAGGCAGAACAUGAGGGCUGUGAAUAGAAUUACACUGGCAGGGAAAUACUGGUGGGUGGUGAAUGCGUUUAUAGAAAGAGCAGAUUAUACAAGAACGUGAUCCACCUGCAGCGUACAGUCCGAUCUGCAACCCCUACACAAAUACCCUGCAGAGGAAUUCCAGUCUUGUAUAAUUGCUAUUUAUAAAACAACUGGAUGGAAACAUGGGAACGAGAUGAGAUCGAGCGUACAGGCUCCUCAGCACUACAUGUUUUCCCCACAGAACUGAAGCUGACCCCUCAAACUGCCAACAUAAACGUCUCCUUCCUGAGAAACAGACAUCCCAUCUGUGUGCUCCUGCCCUCCUUUAGAUUAGGAAAAUCCUACCCUUAUUGCAUCUUUUAAUAUCUGCCCACUGUUUCAGUGUCAAUGCCUUCCUUCCCUGUCUGGGACUCUACUAAAAAAUGUAAAACGCCAAGGAAAUUUAUUUUCAAAAUGCACUUACUUUUUGUGUUAACACAUUUAAAACGAAAUGUAAAAGGGAAAAAAAAAAAAUUAAUAAAACGAUGUAUAUGUGUGGAUCUUUUGAAGAGCCUGGUGGUGUU